UCUCUGCCUUCCUCUACCUGUUGGCCAUAAUAAAUUCAAUCUGCCACACUUGUUGAUAUAAAACUACGAAUAUACUUUAGUUUGAAAGUAGGACACGAUGAGAAGAAGAAGAAGAAGAAACUCAUUAAAGGCCUGAAAGAAAAGCUCGUCUCAGCAGGAAGAAGACAUUGUAACCGUGUGUCAACCAAUUUUAAGCAACGGAUUUUUUCGAUUCUAUAAGAACAGUUUAAGAGAUUUGCGGUUUUUAAAAGAUCCUCACCGACUUUUCCAAAGGAAGGUUUUUCCGAAGAAGAAAAGAAAGCAGCCAGAAUUUUGCUUAAAAUGCAUGACAACUUUUGAAUCUUUCCAUUGAACCUUGUACAGAAAUUUGAUGGUGAGAAAGAAGGAACCGAAAUAUAACUCUACCAUGAAAUAGAGAGCUGAAGCCAUUUCAAUGAUUUCUCCAAAGACUUCUGCUAGAAUCAUGAAUCUACCGAAAAUAUUUUACCAAAAACCCUGGCAUCUUUUGGUGCUUUGUAUAGUGGUGCUUACAUCCAGUCUUACUUAUCUCAUAACUGCUGACAUCUUUCGUACUGAUGCCCGACUCAAGUUAGACAUUUGUCUGUACCACUUGCACAUGAGAGAAGCUAAGGCCUACCGCCACCAUUCGUUCCGUCUUCUCAACCAAACCUGUCGGACAAUCACACAACAGGUCACUUCACAACCCAACAGAGACAAAAUACAAUACACAACGACAGCUUCUGAAACUGAGAAUGAUUGCCGCUACGUCCUCCCUUCAAUCCUCAUACUCACCCCAUUUGAUAAUUUCGCCAGUUUUUUCAAUCAAUAUUUCAAUAUUCUCAACUCCUUGUCUUAUCCCCAUUGCCGUCUCAGGAUCGCAAUCGGCAUCGACAAAUACGGAGUUCCCUCCCCUAAACUUGCUCAACGGCAAGUGUCGAAGAUUUCCCAUAAAUUUCGUUCCAUCGAAGUUUACCAUUUAGACAUUCCAGAUGAUGCAACCCUUAUGUUGGCGAGACAUUCGGACAAACAUAACGAGACAAUCCAGUUGAAUCGUCGCAGGAGGUUGGCACAAGUUCGAAACUUCCUUUUGAUGAGUGCUUUGCGCGAUGAAAAAUACGUCCUCUGGCUUGACAGCGAUCUUCGGGAAGUGCCCCACGAUCUUAUCCAAACUUUGCUCUCUGCUCAUGUCCCGAUUGUGGUGCCUUCAUGCAUGUACCGAAAGGCACCAAACACUCUCGAUAUUUAUGACCGAAAUUCCUGGCGAGAAACCAAAGAAUCAAAAGAAUAUUUGAAUUCAAAAGAGCCUGGAUAUUUGAUGCUGGAAGGCUACAUGAACAAGUCUUUACGACAAUAUUUACCUGAAUUAAAACAUGAGGGUAAAGUGGUCAGUUUGGAUGGUGUGGGGUCCUCUUGUCUGUUAGUUGACGCUAAUGUGCAUCGUCGUGGAGUUAUCUUUCCACCAUAUCUUGUCAACCAUCACCUAGAAAGUGAAGGCUUUGCUCAGAUUGCCAAAUCACUAAAUUACCAACUAUUUGGGAUGCCUAACAUCGUCGUAAUUCACUGAGAAUCAAAACAGAAACAUAAAACAAAACUUUGGAGUUGGUUUUUUGAUGAAGCAAGUUUAUCCAUUUUGUCUUUGUAUUGCCUCUAAAACAAUUAAGCAGCAGAAUCUGCACCAAAAUCCAUUCUAGCAACAGAUGCCAACCACUCCAGACUUAGCGAUGAAUAAUUCAGGGGAAAUAACUGUUUUCAGGAGGUCGGAUUUUGAUUUCCUCUCGUUCAAAGAAAAGGGGUUUCGUUUUGUUUCUGAAAAUUUUCAGAAUUCGCCACAGAAACCAGACAAUUUUAAAGUUUCACAUGUUUAUGUAUUUUAACAAGGUAAAAAAAAAAACCACAAAAUUUGAAAAAGUAUUUUUAUUGCAUCAUUGUUUUAAGGUUUACGAUAUGUACCAAGGCCUAAAUUAUGAUUAUCUUACAGUAAUCCUUUCAUCCUGGCCUGGGUUUUGUAUUCAGCUCCAUUCAGAUCAAAUAAGAACCAUUGAUAGAUACACAGGAUCUGGUCCAAUCAGUUAAACUCCUUCGUUAUAAAGAUUUAUCAUUGUAUCCAGGCAAAACUAAUUAUUAAUAUAUAGGAGGAGAAGGAGUAAAAUUAAUUUUUUUUGCAAGAAUCUACAUGUAGAUGUGGUGUGAUGUAUCACAUGUAUGCUUGUGUGUGUGUGUGUGUCAUAUGCAUAUAUGUAUGUAGUAUUUCUAAUGUGUGUGAUGCUUGUGUGUUUGUGCCAUGGCAUGCGGAAACAUCCUCAAACUGUUGAAACAUUUGUCUUUACAGAUGCCUUUUAUUGUUAUUCUAUUUAUUUUCAUAUCCUACUUACUCACCUGUGUCCUAGUACUCACCUGUGUCCUAUUACUUGCCUGUGAGGUACCAGUGGGCAAUGGGAGCUGUUUGUCAGCAAGACAGACAAAGCUGAGUUAUAUGCCUAGCUAUAUGACUGAAGCAGAGUUUGAUCUCUUGACCUUUCCUACUACAUUAACCACACAAUCUAUUUAAAUAACCUUCUCAAUUAAAAAAGUUUCUUUAUAA